AUGGAGGACAAAAACUUUCGGGUUGCUAUUGUCGGCGGCAGCAUUGCCGGGCUUACGCUGGCACUUGCAUUAGAAAAACAUGGCAUCGACUUUGUGGUGCUAGAGGCUUAUCCAGAGAUUGCUUCACAAGUUGGGGCAAGUAUCGCUGUCCUUCCGAAUGGGUUUCGUAUCUUGGAUCAGCUUGGCUGCUUUGAGGAUAUUAUGGAAAGAGUCAACUGCACGAUCGACAACUUCAUCAUUCGGGACUUGGAUGGCAGUAUUUUGAUACAUGUCGAGAACUUGGAUCAUCAUUUGGUUCAACGGCAUGGUUAUCCGAUGAUCUUUUUUGAGCGACGAAUGCUCGUUGAGGUUCUCUAUCAGCAUAUCCAGCAAAAAGAGAAAGUUUUGACAAAGAAACGAGUAACUGACAUACACGAGCGUGCCGAUGGUGUUACCGUUACUACUCAAGACGGGGAAGAGUUUGAAGCGAAUAUUGUCGUUGGCGCGGAUGGAGUUCACAGUGCCGUAGGAAAGCAUAUAUGGCAAACGACAACCCAUAAAGACAACGAACUCCGAAGAGAUGAAAUGCUAGUACAGUACAGGUGUCUCUUUGGAAUCUCUUCGAAGGUUCCUGGAAUUUCGGAGGAUACACUUCAUCAUGUCAGCAAUGAGGGAUCUUCCUUGUUCGCUGCGUCGGGUCCAAACGCUCGGACUUACUGGUGCUUGUUUACAAACACCGGGACUACGUACUACGGGGAGGACCUGCCACCAUAUGAUGAAAAGGAUGUGGCCGAAACCGCGCAAAAGCACAAAGAUGACGGCGUUACCGAAACGGUUAAAUUCGGUGAUCUAUACGAACGGAAGCUUAUGGCUGUACAAACUCCAUUGCAUGAAUACGUGCUGGGAAGAUGGUACUCACAGCGCUGUAUCGUUAUCGGAGAUGCGGUUCACAAGUUCAAUCCGAUUAUUGGUCUGGGCGGUAUGUCAGCAAUUGAGACAUGUGCUGCUCUGACGAAUGGUCUGGUUUCUCUGGUCGAAUCCCACAAGGAUACCAAGAUUCCUUCUUCUAUCGAGUCUGUUUUCCGAACCACCCAAGAGAUUCGGAAGCCUCGCGCCACUGCUCUAGUGGACGUCUCGAAGAAUACCCAGUACAGAUUCGCUAUGGAAACGCCGUUGCUUAAGUUUUUCAAUCGGUACUACUUUCCAGGCAUGGGUUCUAGAUCUGCGUUGCGGUUACUUUCGGAAGCAUAUCCAGGGGCUACCAGUGUGAAGACACUGCCCGUACCAAAGCAACCACGUGCUCUACCGUAUGAGGAUGAGCUUUUACAACAACCUGUUCCUAGGAAUGCUAUGUUGAGUAGGAUUACUGUGGUUGUUUUGGAAGCAACUUGCAAGCAAGCUACUUCAUCUCAGUGA